AUGUCUAAAGGUGGUUUUGGAAGCUUUGUUUUAUUUUCUUUGUUUGAAUUGUCUAACAAUUUUAUAACUUCUGUACGCAUUUCGGCUUUUAUACGACCAAGAUCUCCAUCAGCUUUAAGUGAUUCUCUGACUGCUGUGAAAAUAAAUUUUACUAAUCUUGGUGGUGAUGCGGGGAUGUGGAUCUGUUUUGAUCCUGUAGGAAGCCGAGAAGGCUGGCGUGCUUCUAUUUUAUUUUCUAUAUUUCUAUAUUGGACAUCUUUUGGUAUCGAUGGCAGUUUAACAAAUGCGGCUGCGUUUAAUGUUCCCCAUAAUACCGUUACACCUGAAGUAUCACUACCAGUUUCAACACACCAUGAGGAUGACGAAUGUAGGAAUGUGACCACUGAUAAUAGAGCUACUACUGGUCUAUCAGUGGUCAGUCAAGGAUCUGGUUCUCCUCAUUCGCCGAUAGUGCCUCCAACUUUUCUGUACGGAGUUCUUACCUGCCAACCAUAUCAAGGAAUUUCUGUGAACCACAUCUAUUUUCAACUAGCAAAUGCCUUCUUUUUAUUGUCACAUCUUGCACCAAGUGGCAUACAUGGUGUACUUUAUUUAAGGUGCACUCUGCUCGUGGGCUGUGCCUUUCUUGCUUUGUGGGGCUGGACAAUAGCUUGUUGGCUGGAUGCUGCUCUCUGGAAUGCUCUAUUUGUUGCCAUCAACUUCGUCCAUGUAUGCACGCUUCUUUACAAGCUCAGGCCUAUCAAGUUUUCAAGGGAAGUUGAAGAGAUUAGUAGUUUCACAAAAUGGAAGAGCAUUACACAUUGUCUUCCCACAUCAGUUCCUCGAUUCUCCAGAAUGGUUUGGUGUAUCUACAGACGAGUACUUUCAGGUAUCAAUAACAGCUAUGGAAGAAUCAAGGAUAUUAUUAUGGCAUAGAGACAAGUUAAAAUUAAGCAUAAUUAGUGAUCAAUUUCUGCAGGCAGUGUUUGAUCACAUUUUGGGAAGAGAUGUAGUCAAGAAAUUGAUGCAGCAAAAUGGACAAGUAAUUGGUUUAGGUGGUAUUGGAGCCUUAGAAAAUGAUCCUGACACCAAACUUUUCGUUGUGAAAAAGACUGGUGAUAGCCAAGGUAUUACUGCUCUCAUCAGUCGUCAACUUCAAGAAGAGAGAAUGCCGCUGCUGUACACGACUCAGGAAGUGCUGAACAACACUUUGCAUCAUAUUAAUUACCUACGUACACCUCCUUUACAUCCUCUACAACACAACAAUGUUCAGUCUUCCCUAUAAUAUUCCUGUGACACAAACUGUGCAGAUACUUAGCACAAAUUUAUACGUGAUAUAUGUUAUGUUUCUGCAAUGGAUAUCCAUACAAUUAUACAAAUAUCACACUGGGUAACUUCAUUUAUUUUCUUCUGGUUAUUGUAUUCAGCAGCAGGAGAUCCAAAUGCAUGGAGAUUGGGAAGAAUUGAAGAGACUGAUCACGAAACACCUGUUUAAUGAAAUGAAUAUACAUGAAUGUCAUCCUCGACAGUCAAUAUAAAGCAACAUCGGUCUUUUUACAUAACAUGAAAUAAUGAUGAAGAAAUGUUUGUCAUUUCGGAAAACAUGGCAUGGUGUGCGUGGAACAAUUAAACAUUCUCUUGCCAAUUAAUAAUUUUUCUCACUAGUCAAGAAUGAUUAACAAUGGAAAGAAAGAUUUCAUUGUUUAUAGAAUAAUGGUUCCAUCCUAGUUUAUAUGAAAUGAUAUAUAACUAAACAUUACUUUAUGCUUCCAAUAUAUUAUUGAAUACCACCGAAACUGAUUUAAAUAUGGCUGUUUAUAAUUCACACUGAUUUUCUUCUUAACAUGCAUAUGUUUAGUACCGAACAAGUAAGACUUUACAUGUGUAAUAGAAUGACGAUUGUUCAAUCGCAGUGGCGUAACUUCUUUAAUGAAAGAUCUGUGAUUUAUUGGAACUGGUCAAGAAAAAAAUUAGGGAGGCCUAAAUACCUGAUUGUUUCCCAUACCCAGAUAUAGUGCCUUUUUACUUGCAUUUCAUUUAUUCAUUAAAAAAAGAAUAUAUAUAUAUAU